AUGGAGAACCCUGCAAAUAUCGUAACAGAUGAAGACUAUUCUACAAAGACCAAAGUCAUACAUGAUCUGCAAUCUAUAAAACAGCCAACAAACAUGAAGGAAGAUAUCUCCUAUUCAAUGGGAACAGCAACCAAGGAUGGAGAAGAACCAAAUGAAUCAAUCAUUGAUGAUGAACCAUAUGAUGACGAUGGAGUUGUAUAUGAAGAAGACACCGAUGAAGAGGGUAACAUAUUUUCUGGUCAAGGCACAACCUGCUACGAAGACCUACGAACAGUUGAUGGCCAAAUAUUGCCAUCAUUUCGUGAAGCUGCAGAGAAAAGGGGCCUCAUUGAGGCAGACAACACGUUAGAUGAUUGCCUGACAGAAGCAGAGUUAUUUCGGAUGCCUUCCUCACUGCGAAGGCUAUUUGCAACGAUUCUUGUGUUUUGUGAGCCCCACGACAUCCGUGCACUAUGGAACAAUCACAUCGAGGCAAUGUCAGAAGACUAUCGACGAAACUGCAAAAAUGCAAAAAUGGUAGAACAGAUGGUAUUAAUCAAUAUUAGAGAAAUGUUGCAAUCGAUGGGAAAAGACAUACGAUCUUUUCCUCUUCCAGAGAUAAACGAGCAAAAUGACACAAAAGACAAUACACCUAGGGAGAUCACCGAGGAAGCCAACAUCGAGGUGGACCCUGAGGACAUGGAAUUGCCUAAACACCUAAAUGACGAGCAAAAGACCGCCUACAAUGAAAUUCUAACAGCAAUUGAUAGAGAUGAAGGAGGGCUAUUCUUCGUAGAUGGACCGGGAGGAACUGGGAAAACUUUUCUAUACAGGGCAUUGCUUGCAACAGUCCGUGGACAAGGAAAAAUAGCUUUAGCAACAGCAACCUCUGGUGUCGCUGCUUCAAUAAUGCCCGGAGGAAGGACAGCGCACUCAAGGUUCAAAAUACCAUUAAGGAUAGAUGAUGGGGCUAUUUGUUCAUUCACAAAACAAAGUGGGACAGCCAAGCUACUUCAAACAGCAUCGCUAAUCAUUUGGGACGAAGCAUCGAUGACUAAGAGGCAAGCAAUAGAGGCACUGGACAAAAGCAUGCGUGACAUAAUGGAUAUACCAAAUCUUCCAUUCGGUGGGAAAACAGUGGUAUUUGGGGGAGAUUUUAGACAAGUUCUGCCGGUUGUACGAAAGGGUACAAGAUCACAAAUAGUAGAUGCCUCACUACGCAAAUCUGAACUCUGGAAUUGCAUGCGUCACAUGAAGCUUGUGCGCAACAUGAGGGCUCAAAAUGAUCCAUGGUUUGCAGAAUACCUAUUGCGCAUCGGCAAUGGCACUGAGGAGACAAACGAUAAAGGCGAGAUACGUCUGCCAAAAAAUAUAUGUAUUCCACGCACAAUGGAUGAUUCAGGACUUGAUAGACUCAUCGACAGCGUCUAUCAAAUGAACAGUGCUUGCCUGGAGGAUCCAAAUUACAUCACGUCAAGAGCCAUUUUAUCCACGCGUAAUGACUGUGUAGACCGCAUAAAUCUGAAAAUGAUUGAACGAUUCCAAGGAGAAGAGAUGGUCUAUCACAGCUUCGAUAGUGUAGAAGAUGACUCACAUAACUACUAUCCCCCGGAAUUCCUAAACACACUAACCCCAAAUGGACUACCACCACAUAUGCUGAAGCUCAAGAUUAACUGUCCAAUAAUACUACUCAGAAAUAUCGACCCAGCUAAUGGACUAUGCAAUGGCACAAGAUUGGUGGUACGAGGAUUCCAGAAAAAUGCAAUCGAUGCAGAGAUUGUGCUAGGACAACAUUAUGGGACACGAGUUUUCUUGCCCCGAAUCCCGCUGUGCCCCUCUGAUGAUGAGAUGUUCCCAUUCCGUUUCAAGAGAAAACAAUUUCCUGUAAGACUAAGUUUCGCAAUGACAAUAAACAAAGCACAAGGACAAACAAUACCAAAUGUAGGCAUCUACCUGCCUGAACCGGUUUUCUCUCACGGUCAAUUAUAUGUCGCGCUUUCUAGAGCAACAACAGCCAAGAACAUAAAGAUACUAACAGCUGAAAAUGAUGAUGAAGAUGAGGACAACAAAAACAAGCCAUCAGAGAAAAAUAAAAAAAGGAAAAAAAGGAACACAAAAAGCGAAAUGUCAGAUAAGAAAGAGGUCAAUCAAAAAGACACAACAGAUAGAUACACGAAGAAUAUAGUGUAUUCAGAGGUCCUCACCAAAUAG